CUUUAGAUCUGAAGUCUUAUUUUCUCAGGAAAGACCUGUGAAAUCAGAUUUACCUGUCCCAAAACUGGGCGUGGCUGCACCUUCCAAUAAUCCCAGACUCAGCAGGCUUGGGUUCAGACUCAGUUCAAGACCAGCCUUGACUGCCCGAGUGAGUUCCAAGCUGUCCUCAAAAGCAACGAGACCUUGUCUCAAAGGAAAAGCAAAAGAAUUAUCCAUCCUGCUUUUGCCAAUGAAGAAGAAAAUCUCAAGUCUGAAAGACGACAAGAUACCUGUAAUAUCAGGUGCAAUUCUGUGCCAAGCCACAAGAAGCAUGAAAGCCCAGGACUUCCCCUGAGCGUCAGCUCCCAUUUGUGUGGGGACAAAAGUGAAAUCUUCCCAAGGCUUGUGGAGAACUUCCUGCUGAUUCACAUUUCAAACAGAGCCCGUACUUAACCCUCACCCUCAACCAGCGCCCAGAGUGGACGGGAGGAGUUCCGGAGCCCGAGGGACGUUACAGCACCGAACUGCCCGCUGGCCUAGGCAAGAAGAAGCAUCCAGAUGGAAGCCAGACCUCCAAAGAACUCAGGCAAACAAUUUGCAUUCGAUUAUGGAAAUGAAGUCCACAAACAAGAUUACUUCAUUAAGUCGCCGCCCCCCCAGCUUUUCUUCUCUGCCGCCUCCUGGAAAAAGCGGCUCUUUAUCCUGUCCCAGAGAGGGGGAAAGGGCCUGAGUCUUUCCUAUUACAAGGACCAUCAACAUCGAGGCUCCAUCGAGCUCGAUCGAAGUACCAUCAUAGAGGUUGGCAUAAAUAGCCAGGAGAAGAUGCAAUCUGUGCAGAAGAUGUUCAAGUGCCACCCAGAGGAGGUGAUGUCCAUCAGAACCGUGAACAGGGACUACUUCCUCAUUGGCCAUGACAGGGAGAAGAUCAAAGACUGGGUCUUUUUCAUGUCACCGUACUGCCAGGGUGUAAAAACAGCUCAUCAGAGUACAGAGGAGAAGGCUUCGCUGGGUGACAGACGGCCAGUUUCCGACCCCAGUCCUUUCUCUGGUCUCUGCAGUGUACCGGAGAUUACCAGCCUUGCUUUACCAAGGGCCAGUCUUCCAGACGUGCAUUUAAUACAAAAAUGCCCCCGAGGACUCAGGCAAGCUCAUCCUCAUCGUGAACACGAUUUCCACUCAGAACCCCCUCGAGACACAGAAGAAGAGAACUACUACCUCUCUCCUCGAAGCUUCCUUUCAGAAUUAGAGAGCAUCACUGGUUCCAAUGACUCCGGUGACUCCAUUGACUUCAGUAGUCCAGACCACGGUUCCAAGAAGCCCGAGAGCUAUUACAUGUCAAUGAGAUCAUGUCUCUUCAAAGAACCAACCUCUGCAUCUGCUGACCACCGAGCCGAAUCCCAGAGUUCUCUGGAGAGUCCAGAGGAGGGGCCUCCCCUGCAAGAACACGGCACAGCAAAUUAUCUGUGUGUUCUACCUGCUGAUCCGGAAACACAAACCACGGAUGACCAAAAGGGGCCCGCCUCACUAACUGUUGUGAAAUUGUCCAUAUUGCUCAACAACGUCCCCGAUGAGAGCCAAGUGGAGACUCUGAACGUGUUCCUCUCUCCGAGGGAUGCCAUCAACUAUCUCUCUCUUGUAGAAGCUGCAGGACGGAUAUGUGUGGCUCAGUGGGAAGGCCCUCCCCGACUCGGGUGCUUAUUCUGCCAUGGAGAUCAUAUCUUGGCCGUCAAUGACCUGAAGCCCCAGAGCCUGGAGGAGGUGUCAUUCUUUCUCACACGGUGUAUGCAGAAGGAGAAAGUGAAACUCUCCAUUGGCCGGAUCCCAAGUUCAGAGAAGUUCCACGCUUCCGUCUGUGCGUGCCCCCUAAGACACCAUUUGGUUGAGUCUGCCCAGCAGGAUGCUCCAGGCCUGGAAAGGACACCGAAGAGGAGUCCGGCCAUCAAAAAGAGCCAGAAGGAGGCGACUGGAGAGUAGGCUGCAUCAGGCCGUGGCAGAAGGAGGAUGGAGCCCUGGAUCUUGCAUAGUCCUAUGAUUGGGGACAAGGCAGCAUCCUGAACUGUCUUAACCAUGGGGGUCACUGGCCCCUCUCUAGCUGUUUGCAUUGAGGUCACACUCGAUAAUGACUAAGGAGCAGAGUUAAAAUGGAAGGCCUUAUCUGAGACUUUGUCUCAGACAUGGAUUCAGCACAUCUCUAGUCUAAUUAAUAGCACUGUGUGCUUCCUCUUUGUUAGGAAUAUCCAGUUAGAAUUACUCAUUCCAGGAGAGGAGAGAGAGAGAGAGAGAGAGAGAGAGAGAGAGAGAGAGAGAGAGAGAUGAAAGUCUGUGGCUGCCCUCCCAGACACUUCCUGUGACUCAGAAGCCCUGGGGCCUUCAGGCCAGGCAGAGUGACCUCUGUCUCAGUACACCUGCUUUCUUAAAGACACAGUAACUACUUUGGAAGCUAAGGAAGUUUGGUACCAUAUCCAUCCAAGAUCUGCUCACUCUGAAAAUGAACAGGAAACCAUGUUCUUGAUUGAUUGGUUUAUUGCCAAAUUAGUCCUGUGAGUUCAAAAGAAUCAGAGGCCGUUUAAUAAGCAGGAGAGCAGGAAGAGUCAGUCGGCUGAACACUAAUCAACUUGGGGAGUGUUGGUGCCAGGGUAGGGGGAUAGAAAAUACUUCUCAGCAGGCUGUCCUUUCACGUGGAAAAAAAGUAACGAAGGCUUUGAAAGUUCGGUGAUACUCAGCUCUAGAAAAUUCCCCAACCUCUGCCGUGCGUACGGGUUUAGAUUAGUAAAGACCUUUGGCACGCAGAGGAGAUAGUGACUGCAUUUCACUUUCUGUGAUCUAGACUGUUGCCAGUGUAAAACGCGUAUCUGUGUAUAGAACGUGGAAAAUAAACAAAUUUGUAUGUGUGGA